AAAUGAAGAAAUCCACAAUUUUACAAUUUAAAACUUAGUGUGAGAUAUGGCUGGAAGUUCGCAAACUCCCGACCCAGACAAUAACUUAAUUAAUGCUGAUUUAGAACGGAGAGAAAUUUUCAAGUUUUACGAAAUGUUUUCCGUUACUGCAACUUUGCAAGGGCGGGUGGCAUAUCUGUUAAUGUCGAUUCAUGCAGUCAAUCCCUACAUUAUGAAAAGUUUUUUUACGAACUACGAUCCUAAAAAUUAUCUCUUCAUAAACAUGUUGUAUGGAAUUGCUAUAAUGAUCUACUGUAGACCGUCGAUGUAUGCAAUCAGUAAAUUUAAUAGAGCUGCCUUCAGUAUUUUAGGAUCUCUGAUGUUUAACCACUCAUCAAUGCUGUGCUACGAGUGGUUAGUGGAGAAGUUUUCAGACAGGCCAUAUUUGCUUACGUUUUUCGGAUUUUUGAGUGGAAGAAUCAUGAUGCUACAUCUGUUGGCAUAUUGUUAUCAUGUGGAUUCGAGGUAUCGGGGCUUCCACAUAAGGCCUUAUCCAGAAUAUGAAUCUAUGUACCGUCAAUAACAUUAAAAAAUUAGACAAUA